AUGGCUUCUCAUCUCAAAGGUAUAAAAAAAUCAACCAUGACAGAUGGUAUGCGUAGAGAAUUAUGUGAGUACAAACAACAAAAUCCAGCAUGCACUCAAAAGCAAUUGCAAUAGUGGGUGUUAGAGAAGUUUAAUUUGCAAGUUAGUCAAGCUACAAUAUCAAAUACAAUCAAGAGGUCAGCAAAGUAUCUAUCAAUUUCUGACAUUCCGAAAGAUGAUGCCAAAAGACAUAAAGCUGCCAAAUUUCCAGAAUUAGAGAAGGCUCUGUACGAGUGGUUUGUUCAUAACCAAGAACGCGUUAAUAUGAGUGGGGAACUAAUUGUAACAAAGGGAAAAGAGUUUCUAAAAAAGAUGUAUCCCAUUGAUACGCCUGAUUUUCAUUUUUCUCAAGGUUGGCUAGAGCGCUUCAAAUCAAGACACGGCAUCAAGACAUAUCGUCGUUUUGGAGAAAGUGGUUCGGUUAAUAUGGAGGUGGUGGAGAACAAUUUACAAUCCAUAAGAGAGAAACUUAAUCAGUUUGCUAUGAAAGAUGUUUUCAAUAUGGAUGAAACUGGAUUGUUCUACAGGCUACAACCAGAUCGUUCUCUUGCAACAAAGCAACUUGAAGGUAAGAAACAAGAUAAGGAAAGACUUACAAUUGUUAUUUGCUGUAAUGAGGAUGGUUCUGAGAAAAUUCCUUUAUGGAUAAUUGGGAAGUACACAAAACCACGUUGUUUCAAGAAUGUGAAUUUGGGUAGCAUGGAUUGUGAAUAUCGUGCCAACAAAAGAGCAUGGAUGACUGGGAUUUUAUUCCAAGAAUACGUUCAACAACUUGAUGCAAAAAUGGAUGGUAGAAAAAUUCUUUUAAUUGCUGAUAACUGUCCUGCUCAUCCAAAAAAUAUUGAAGGUUUGAGAAAUAUUAAAUUAUUUUUUUUUCCACCUAACACAACAUCAAAGGUUCAGCCUUGUGAUGCAGGGAUCAUACGAGCUUUUAAGAUGCAUUAUCGGCGACGGUUUUAUCGAAAUAUUUUGGAGGGUUUUGAAAUUGGGAACCCGAAUCCAGAAAAGAUUAAUGUUUUAGAAGCAAUGAAUCUUGCAAUCUCGGCAUGGAAAAUAGAUGUCCACUCAAGUACUAUUGCAAAUUGUUUCAGGCAUUGUAAACUCCGAUUGCCAGAUGGUGAAUCCUCGAAAAAUCAAGAACAAAUGGACAAUGACAGCUUACAACAAUUGCAGAAUCUAAUCAAUAGAUUGAAUUAUCGUCAUGCAAUGAAUGUUGAAGAUGUUUUGAACUAUCCGGGAGAAAAUGACACAAGUUUGGAGUUGCCUACGGAUGAACAAAUAAUUGAGAGUGUUAUGGAAAGCAACAAAGAAGAUGAAGUGGAAGACGAUAGUGUGGAAUUAGAACAAGUUUCGCGCAAAGAUGCUUUGAAA